ACCUCUCUCUUCACUCGUCCUUCUUCUCUUCUAUUUUAUUCGCAGAUUGUUGCAGUAUCUCAUAGCAGGCAGAGAAUGCCUGGUGAGCUUCUGCCAAUCAUGGCUGCUCCCAGCGUCUCGAAAUCGAAGCUGUCUCGGGCCAAAGCAGACUUAUAUCUUAUUUCCGAAGAAGAUACAAUCUACGAGCAAGAUAUCCUCCGAGACCCUGGAAGCACCAAACCAUGGCUGGCAUACAUCGAGUUCAAGUUUCAGCAUGGCACCCUCCUCGAACAAGCUUUCGUCCUGGAGCGAGCUUGUCGACAGCUCCCACGAUCUUUCAAGCUGUGGAAGAUGGUACGAACAAUUCUCCUCAGUCGUAUUCGACCUUAUGGCUAACAUACAAUAGUAUUUAACCCUCCGAAUGAAACACCUGGGGAAGCUAAAUCCAGCAAUCUACAAAUCCGAGUAUGCGAAAGUUAAUGCCCUGUACGAGCGAGCUCUCAUCCUUCUCAACAAAAUGCCGCGGAUAUGGGAGAUGUACCUAUCAUUCUUAUUACUCCAACCGAUUGUUACUCUCACUCGUCGAACCUUCGAUCGUGCGCUCCGAGCGCUGCCCAUGACCCAGCAUAAUCGCAUAUGGGCGUUGUACCGGCCUUUCGCAAACUCGGCGUCCGGCCAGACCGCGGUCAAGAUCUGGCGAAGAUACAUGCAAAUCCAUCCAGAGGACGUGGAAGACUACAUCGAGCUGCUUGUUGAGAUGGGUCACUACACGGACGCUGUGAAGAAGUACAUGGACAUCCUCAACAACCCGAAAUUCCGCAGCAAGAACAGCAAGGGGCACUAUCAGCUGUGGAUUGAAAUGGUUGACCUUAUUGUUGGUCAUGCGAAAACCGUUGAAACGGGGGAUGAAGUGGGAAUCGAUGUGGACAAAAUUAUUCGCAGCGGAAUCGACCGAUUUGCGGAUCAGAGGGGUCAGUUGUGGUCCGCUUUGGCAACAUACUGGAUCAAACGAGGAAACUUUGAAAAGGCCCGCGAUAUCUUUGAGGAGGGAAUUACCACCGUCAUGACUGUUCGUGAUUUCACCCUCAUCUUUGACGCGUACGUCGAGUUUGAAGAGGCCAUUACUGGCCAACUGAUGGACGAUGCUGCAGCUCGGUCUGACAAGGGAAUUGUGGACGAGAAUUUGGACUUCGAUCUCGACAUCCGUAUGAUGCGAUUUGAGCAGCUGAUGGACCGGCGACCAUUCUUGAUCAACGAUGUGCUACUGCGGCAAAACCCCAAUAAUGUUUCGGAAUGGAACGUUCGGAUUGGAUUAUGGGGUGAUAAUAAGGUCGAAGUGGUGCAAGCAUAUACGGAUGCGAUUGCUGCUGUGCAACCCAAGAAAGCAGUGGGCCGAUUCCACGAACUAUGGGCCAACUACGCCAAAUUCUAUGAAAAGGGCGGAGACAUCCGCAAUGCAAGGGUCAUUAUGGAGAAAGCUGUGAAAGUUCCUUUUAAGUCAGUGGCAGAGCUUGCUGAUAUGUGGAUUGAAUGGGCUGAGAUGGAGUUGAGGAACGACAACUUUGAUGAGGCUGUAAAGAUCAUGGCAAAGGCAGUUCAAGCGCCGAAACGUUCGACCGUCGACUACUUCGACGAAACGCUUUCUCCUCAACAGAGAGUCCACAAGAGUUGGAAGCUCUGGAGUUUCUACGUUGACCUUGUCGAGAGUGUCAGCACUUUGGAGGAGACCAAGAAAGUCUACGAGAGGAUAUUCGAGCUUCGAAUCGCUACACCACAAACCGUGGUCAACUAUGCCAAUCUCAUGGAAGAGAACAAGUAUUUUGAGGACUCUUUCAAAAUCUACGAGAGAGGUCUGGACCUGUUCAGCUACCCAGUCGCCUUCGAACUGUGGAAUCUGUACUUGACCAAAGCAGUUGAUCGAAAGAUCGGUAUCGAGCGACUGAGAGAUCUGUUCGAGCAAGCCGUAGAAGGCUGUCCACCAAAGUUUGCCAAAGUAUUGUACUUGAUGUACGGGAACUUGGAAGAGGAGAGAGGCCUCGCAAGACACGCCAUGCGGAUUUACGAACGGGCGACACGAGCUGUCUCGGACGAGGACCGAGCAGACAUGUUCAACUUCUACAUCACAAAGUCCGCCUCAAACUUUGGACUACCCUCCACAAGACCAAUCUACGAGCGUGCCAUCGCGGCACUACCAGACAAGGAUGCUCGGGAUAUGUGUCUGAAAUUCGCAGAUAUGGAGAAGCGGCUCGGCGAAAUCGACCGUGCAAGAGCCAUCUACGGUCAUGCGUCACAAUUCUGCGAUCCACGUACCAGCCCCGACUUCUGGCAGAAGUGGGAAUCUUUCGAGGUGCAGCACGGAAACGAGGAUACUUUCAAGGAGAUGUUGCGUAUCAAGCGAAGCGUACAAGCACAGUACAAUACCGAUGUCAAUUUCAUUGCUUCGCAAGCUUUGGCUCGAAGCCAAGCCCAGCCAGAAGGCGAGACGGACGAGGAACGCGCUGAUGCCAUGGCUGCAUUGGAGAGAGAGGCUAGAGCUCCUGUGGGUUUCGUUGCAGCGAGCACAGGGCCUCAAGGAGGAAAUAUUAAAGAAGCUGCUGCGGUUGUAGCUUCUAAUCCAGAUGCAAUCGAUGUAGAUGGUAUGGACGACGAUUAGGUUUCUUGAGGAAUCACGAGAGCAUCAUGGAGUUUGGACAUAAUCUGGAGGCUGGAUUCAGCUUGUGCAUAGGAUGGCGUUUUUACGGCGGGGACUUUAUUGCUUUCAUAUGCAAGUGAUGAAUGCGCCUGUGACUGGGCUUUGAGAUCAGGAGCGAACGAUGGCUCUUUGUAUGUACUGUAUAGGAACUAGUGGUAUCUUGAGGAGAACGCAACGCCAAGCGUAUCAGAAAAAGGGACGAAAAAGGCAAAUCAAAUCAC